AUGUUGUGUUAUUCAUCUUUCUACUUCCUUCAUACCUACAAUAUGACUCGCUCUCACAAAUUGAAUGACCGUGACCACCCAGUUGAAGGCGUGAUGGGCACUCGUGACCACAUACCGCGCUACUUUGCAAAGUCCGGGCCAACUGAUGCUGAUCCUCGCAAGACAAAGAAGGACGGAGGCGGCAAAGGAAAUUGGGGUCGAUCAGGAGAGGAGAUACAGGACUAUGACUAUUCGUUCGCCAAUGCUCGUCGUCGAUCAAACAGUAGCACACAGGGCCUUUUCGAUUUCAGAACUAAGUUCGAGGCCUUUGACCCUGAGCCUGUUUUCGAAGCCCAUGCUGCCUCGGAUGUCACGAGUGACACGGUGACCAAGGUAGAGAGUUCCAGUUGCGGCAAUGACAGCGAGGUCGACCAGGAUGGGGUGAAGUACUAG